AUAUAGGUUAAAACUGACUUAACCAAAAGAAAUCCAAAUCUAAGUUGGAAAAGUAAUUAAAAACCAAAAAUUAACUAGAGAAAUAAUAAAAACAGUACAAACAACAUUUUUUAGAUCUAAUUUAAAGGUCUUCAGCUGACUCCUUACAUAACUGAGCUUGUAGAAUUAUUCGGUAAAAUUUGAGCCGAUCUAAUUAUAAUAUCUAAAAUUAUGACUGUUCUUGUCAAGCUAUGUAUUUGAUACGUCUUGACGGUAAUUUUUCUUUUAUAGGCUUUGGUUAUCUAUUUGUUCCAAUGUAUCCAUAACAAUUUUCACGUCAAAAUCUUUACUAUUUGUAUUUGUGUCAUUGCUAUCAUUAUUUUGGAUGCAUAAGUAAUUGUACCUAGGCCAUUGCUGUAAGGAUAUCCAGAGACAUGCAUUGUGCAGGCAUUAACUAUACUUUUCUUCAUCAUCUUACCUCAGACGCUAUACGUAUACUGAGAUGGCUGUUGAUAUUGUGAUUUCCGUCAUUGGGAAGAUUGGAGAGUUCAUGGUUGAGCCAAUCGGACGAAAAUUUGAAUAUUUAAUUCACUACAACAGCAACAUGGAGACUCUCAAAGAUCAAGUUCAACUACUAGAGGAAGUGAGAAAAGAUGUCCAGGGAUCAGUUGACGCAGCAAUAGCGAAGGGUGAAACAAUAAAAAAUGAGGUUAGAAACUGGAUGUCGAGAGUUGAUGGAGUCAUCUUGGAGGCUAGGAAAAUUUUGGAAGAUGAUGCCGUUCCAAACAAGAGGUGGUUUCUUGAUUUGGCUUCACGCUGUCGCCUAAGCAGAGAAUCAGAAAACAAAAUAACAGCAAUCGCAAAGAUAAAAGUAGAUGGGCAGUUCGAUAAUGUUUCCAUGCCUGCAGCUCCCCCAGAAAUAGUGUCUCAAGAUUUUGUUAUUUUUGAGAGCACUAGAUUGGCUAUAAUGGAAAUCAUGGAGGCAUUGGAGGGCAAUAUAAUCAAUUUUAUCGGGAUAUAUGGGAUGGCUGGUGUCGGUAAAACGACUUUAGUCAAAGAAAUUGAAAGAAGGGCUAAAGAAGAUAUGCUUUUCGAUGCUGUUGUGAUGGCUGUAGUGUCACGUACUGUUGAAGUGAAAAACAUCCAGCAGCAGAUAGCAGAUAUGUUGGGCUUCAAGUUCGACGAGAAAAGAGAACAAGGAAGAGCCGGUCGGUUGCAUGCUAGAUUGAAGAAUGUGGAUAAGAUCCUUAUUAUCUUGGAUGAUAUUUGGGACGCCCUUGAUCUUGCUGCCAUAGGCAUUCCAUUUGGGGAUGAUGAUCAUCAAGAUCCUGAAAAUGUGAAUUGUAAAGUUCGUAAGAUUGUGGUCACAACACGAUGCAGACUAGUAUGCAAUUCUAUGACCACAGGAAUUGAGACUUCGAAGAUCAUCCAUCUAAAUGCUUUAUCUGAAAAUGAAUCAUGGGGCUUGCUUAAGAUGAAUACUGGUGAGGUUAUCGACUCUCCCGAAUUGAAUUCCGUGGCAAAGAAGGUCUGCGGAGAAUGCGGGGGUUUGCCCAUAGCCCUUGUUAAUGUGGGAAGGGCAAUGAGAGACAAAGCCCUGGAAGAAUGGGAAGAAGCUGCUCUAGCACUUCAGAAACCAAUGCCUUCCAACAUUGAGGGCACGGACGAAAUCGUGUAUAAGUGCCUUAAGCUAAGCUAUGACCACCUGAAAAAUCGGGAAGCAAAGUCAAUGUUCUUGCUUUGCUGUUUAUUUCCGGAGGAUUACAACAUCUGUAUAGAGGUUCUAGUGAGAUACGGGAUUGGACUGGAAAUGUUUAAAGAUGUUCUGACUAUACAGGAGGCAAGGAGGCGAGCACAUUCUAUCACAAAAAAUCUCAAAGAUUCAUGUCUGUUGUUAGCAGGCAAUGAAACAGGAUGCAUCAAAAUGAACAAUGUUGUCCGUGAUGUAGCAAAAACAAUUGCAUCUGAUAUUUACUUCGUGAAAGCUGGGGUGAAGUUGAUGGAGUGGCCAAAUGCGGAAACUUUGAAGCAUUACACUGGGAUAUCAGUAAUGUACAAUCAGAUAAAUGGAUACCCUGCUUCCUGGGACUGCUCAGACCUCCAGAUAUUGUUGAUGCAAGGCAAUUGUAUUGAACAGCCUAUGCCAGAUGGAGUCUUCAAAGGGAUGACAGCCCUUAAAGUUUUUGAUCAGAGUGAUAUUAUCUCGAAAGGCGAUCCUUACUUUUCGAGGAAAUUGGAACCAGGAUUUUCUUAUCUAACAAGUCUUCGGACAUUAAUCAUUAAAAAUUGCAGGAUUGCUGCCCCAGCUGCUAUUGGGAAUAUGAAAAUGCUUGAGGUUCUAAGCUUGGCAAAUUGCAAGCUCCUAGACCUACCACAGGAAAUAGGGGAGUUGACAAAUAUAAGGUUGCUUGAUUUGGAAGACUGCCAUCAUAGCAGAAAAAAACUCAAUGCCAUAUUUCCUCCAAAUGUCAUCUCAAGGUGGUCCAGAUUAGAAGAGCUGUACUCAAGUUCUUUCAUGAAAUACACCAGAGAGCACAUAGCUGAGCUGAAAUCACUGUCCCACUUAACCACCUUAAUGAUGGAGGUCCCUGAUUUUGGAUGUAUACCUGAAGGUUUCAGUUUUCCUGAAUUGGAGGUUUUCAAAAUAGCCAUACGCGGCUCUGUCCAUCACAAGCAAUCAAAUUAUCUUGAGGUUUGUGGUUGGGUCAAUGCCAAGAAAUUUUCGCGAUUCCUUCACUAGGCUGUGUCAAGCCAUUACUGAAGAGAACGCAGUAUCUUAAACUAUCGUCCUUUGAGGGGCUAAGGACUAUUUUCCCUUACCAGUUGGCAGAUAGAGAUGGCUUAGCUGUCUUGAAAACUCUGGAAGUAUCUGAUUGUGUUGACCUUGAGUACUUGAUUGACAGUGAAGAAUGGAAGAUGCCACCCGUAAUAGAGCAGCAUCAACACACUUGUUUGAUGCACCUGGAAAAGCUAGACCUUCAGUGUUUGGGAUCCUUUAAAGGGUUAUGCCAUGGUGCACUACCUGCUGAAUUGUCCAUGUCUUUGCAGAAGCUCAAGAGUAUGAGGUUUUUCAAGUGCGUGAAACUGUCUAGUGUCUUUGCUUCACUUGAACUGCUGCAACGGUUCGAUGAACUUGAAGAGCUUUCAGUAGAUUCAUGUGAAGCACUGGAGUAUGUAUUCAACCUCAAAAUCGAAAAGCCUGCGUUUGAGGAGAAAAAGAUGCUGUCCCAUUUAAGAGAACUUGCACUUUGUGAUUUGCCAGCAAUGAAGUGCAUAUGGGACGGCCCUACUAGACUACUGCGCCUGCAUAAUCUUCAAAUUGCAGACAUUCAAAACUGCAAGAAACUUAAAGUUCUCUUCGAUGCUUCUGUUGCUCAAAGUCUUUGCCAAUUGAAAAAACUGCUCGUAAAAGGUUGUGAUGAGCUGGAAACAGUUGUUGCAAAGGAACCGCAACGACAAGAUGGCAGAGUGACGGUUGAUAUUGUGGUGCUCCCUCAAUUAGUAGAGCUUUCACUACUCUACCUUCCUAACCUUGCUGCUUUUUGCUUGGAUAGCUUGCCUUUCAAAUGGCCAUCCUUGGAAAAAGUAGAGGUUCGUCAGUGUCCUAAAAUGGAAACCUUUGCUGCUAUCGUGGAUUCAGAUGAAAACCAAAGCACACCAAAGUUGAAGCAGAUCAAAUUGGAUGAAGUUGAUUUGAUACUUCAUGGAAGGAGCUUGAACAAGUUCAUACAAAAGUACUCCGAGGCAAGGGAGUUGCGGAACCUGAUAAAUGACCAUCAGAGUCGUAUGCAAGGAUUGACAGAAAGUUAGAAAUAAUAUUGAUCGUUUUUUCAAUUCUAAAAGCCAAGCUCCUUCCACAUGAAAUCAUUGUUGUAUUGUUCUUGACUUGUUCACUGCAAGGAGGUUUGAUCUGCUAUUGAUGUACCAUGUUUCACAUUUGAAGGUGUUUCUCUAGAGUUCGACAAGAAGAAAGGGUGCAAUUUCACUUUGAAAACGAGUUAAUAGUAAAUUGGUCUCUGUAAAAUUAAUUAAAGUAAGCUGGUUUGUCAACUCUCUUUGUAUAAAGGAGGCUCUGCAUGCAUAUACAAACACAUUAACAUAAAAUCAAUUUAGAAAGAAAAGAAGAGGUAAGAAACAUAGAAAGAGACUACGAAGGAGUUGAUUAAAGUGAAGAGCACCUGAUAGGUUUGAGAAGAUUGUGGAAUAACCAGAGAAGAGGCAGACAAUAUAAAAAGAUGAGAAAACAAUCACAGGUAAUGAAAGUUACUUUGGUCAUAGGAUUCAAUGGAAAGCGAUAGAGAGGAAGAGGAGGUUAAUGAAGGCCUCAAAAAGGUGAAGAUUAAGAGAGCUACUGCUUUGCAGAAAGAGCUUGUAAUUGAGAAUGGUGAAAUCCCCAAUUUAUAAUUGUCUUCGAGUCAUUACUUUAA